AUGGCGGACAGGAGAGCGGAGAAGUCAUGUGAAGAAGCAAGCAGAUCGUUAGUCAGGCGGGAGUACGAGGCGGCAGUCAGCCACAGCACGGAUGCCCUGGUGGUCCUUGCACCCCAAGCCCAAUCUUCCGGUGCCCCUGUCCCGCCGAGCCCUCCAUCCCAUGUUGUCGCCACCGGACCCCUCCGCAGCCGUGUCCUGCUCUACCGAAUUGCUGCCUUCCUGCAGUUGAAAAACUAUGAUGAAGCAGAUGAAGACUGCAAACAUGUCCUAGCAGAAGAGAUUGCCAGGGGAGAUGGUUCGCUACAGGCCAGCUUGCGCUCCAUGCUGUUGGAUAGCAGCUUGCAAGAGGUGGUCAGCAUCCUCUCCAAAGCCUUGUAUGGAGAGCCAAUGAAUGGCAUUGUUGCAAAAGACCUGACCAGAUUAAAAAUGCUUUUCUCAGAAAUCGAGGCUAUAAAUAGGGAGAUGGCACCAGAAUACACAGAUGACCAGGAGGAAGAGGUCCAAGAUGGCUGGCAGUUCCGGCCUCCUCCCCGAGGAGUCACCAGCAGUGAGGAGUACACCCUCUGUAAAAGGUACUUGGAGCAGGGUCUGUGUCGGUACGGGGCCCAGUGUACGUCAGCCCACUCCCAGGAGGAGCUGAUGGAAUGGCAGAAGCGCUAUGCGUCACGCCUCAUCCGCCUCAAACAGCAGCAGGAGAGCAAACACUUCACCGAGAACUACAUGGAGACUCUGAUCGAGAAGUGGAUGAACUCGCUCUCCCCAGAGAAAGUGCUAAGUGACUACUUAGAAGGAGUGAAUGUAGAAACCAGCUCCGGCCUCUCUGUCACCGUCACCACCAAAAAGUCCUCCCACUCCUGGACCUUCUCCUUGUUGUGCAAGCCUGCUAGAAAGCUGUACCGCAUCGCCCUGCUCUAUGAUGCCCACAGACCACACUUUUUCAUCACAGGCGUGUCAGCUGGGGAGCGGCUACAAGCCCUCCCCAAAGGCUGCCAAGAGUGGACCCCAGGAGAGGAGACAGCAGUGGCAGCAGACAAUGGCCUUGACCACUGUCUCUACAAGGUAGCAGUGGGCUUCAGCACAGAAAUCUUCGGUACCUUCCGACAGACUGUUGUUUUUGACUUUGGCUCAGAACCUGUGCUGAUGCAGCGAAUCAUGGUGGAUGCUGCCUCCAUUGAAGACCUAGAGCACCUGAUGGCAGCUAGGCAGCAGCUCUUGAUGACUGCAAAGCGCUGGGACUCUUCCUGUAAGACCAUUGUAGAAUUCACUCCUAAUGAAACGAUGGCAGAGUUGGAGCGCAGCCUACUUUCCCGCUAUCAGAUUCCUCUGUCAGCUGACCAGCUCUUCACCCAGUCAGUCCUGGACAAGACUUUGACCAAAGACAACUACCAGGCCCGGCUGCAUGACCUGCUCUACAUAGAGGAGAUUGCACAAUAUAAGGAAGUUAGCAAGUUUAACAUCAAAGUGAACCUCCAGCUGGUCACCAGCUUUAUGCUGACUGGCAUUUCUGUUGGAGCCAAGUAUGCCCAGAAUGGACAGCUCUUUGCACGCUUCAAGCUCACUGAAACACUCUCUGAGGACACAUUGGCCGGGCGACUUGUGAUGACAAAGGUGAAUUCAGUCUUGGUGCUGCCAUUGGGCCGUGAGGGGUUCAACAGCCAGCCGCCUCCUGGGGUCAAGGAAAGAGUUUAUGAGGCUGUGAUCGAGGAAAAGACCAAGGACUACAUCUUCCUGAGGAUCUGCAAGGACUGUUGUGAGGAGCUUGGGCUAAUACCUGACAGAGAAAUACAGGUGGAGCUCCAGUUCCAGCUGAACCGACUGCCACUCUGUGAGAUGCACUAUGCCCUGGAUCGCAUCAAAGAUAAUACCAUCCUUUUCCCUGAUGUUGGCCUUGUGCCCACCAUCCCAUGGAGCCCCAACAGGCAGUGGGACGAGCAGCUGGAUCCCCGUCUGAAUGCCAAGCAGAAAGAGGCCAUCCUGGCCAUCACCACACCCGUCUCCAUUUCCCUUCCUCCAAUUCUCAUCAUUGGGCCCUACGGCACCGGCAAGACCUUCACCCUGGCACAGGCUGUCAAACACAUCCUCCGCCAGGACCACAGCAGGGUCCUGAUCUGCACACACUCCAACAGUGCAGCUGACCUUUACAUUAAGGACUACCUUCAUCCUUAUGUUGAAGCAGGCAAUCCGCAUGCCAGACCUCUCAGGGUAUACUUCAGGAACCGCUGGGUGAAGACGGUUCACCCAGUGGUCCAGCAGUACUGUCUCAUCUCCGGCAAUCAGAUCACUUUCCAGAUGCCCACAAGGGAGGACAUCCUCAGGCACCGUGUGGUGGUGGUCACCCUCAGCACCUCCCAAUACCUCUGCCAGCUUGACUUGGACCCCGGGUUGUUCACUCAUAUCCUAUUGGAUGAGGCGGCCCAGGCCAUGGAGUGUGAAACCAUCAUGCCUUUUGCUCUAGCUAGCAAGACCACCCGCAUCGUGCUGGCUGGAGACCAUAUGCAGCUCAGUCCAUUUGUGUACAGCGAGUUUGCGCGGGAGCGUAACCUGCACGUGUCACUGCUGGAUCGGCUGUAUGAGCACUACCCCCCUGAAUACCCAUGUCGGAUCCUCCUGUGUGAGAACUACCGUUCCCAUGAAGCUAUCAUCAACUACACAUCAGAAUUAUUUUAUGAUGGGAAGUUAAUGGCAAGUGGGAAGCAGCCCUCCCAUAAGGACUUCUACCCUCUGACCUUCUUCACAGCCAGGGGAGAAGAUGUCCAGGAGAAGAACAGCACUGCCUAUUACAACAAUGCAGAGGUGUUUGAGAUUGUGGAGCGGGUGGAGGAGUUGCGCAAGAAGUGGCCAGUGGCCUGGGGCAAGCUGGAUGAGGGCAGCAUCGGAGUGGUGUCGCCAUACGCUGACCAGGUGUUCCGCAUUCGUGCCGAACUCCGAAAGAAGAGAAUGCAUGAGGUCAGCGUGGAAAGGGUGCUCAAUGUCCAAGGCAAACAGUUCCGCGUGCUGUUCCUCAGCACGGUGCGGACGCGGCAUACCUGCAAGCACAAGCAGACGGCCAUCAAACGUAAAGAGCAGCUAGUUGAGGACUCAACAGAGGACCUCGACUAUGGAUUCCUCUCCAACUACAAGCUACUCAACACGGCCAUCACAAGAGCCCAGUCCCUGGUUGCAGUUGUGGGAGACCCCAUAGCACUGUGCUCUGUUGGACGCUGCAGAAAAUUCUGGGAGCACUUUGUGUCCAUCUGCCACGAAAACUCAAGCCUACAUGGCAUCACAUUUGAGCAGAUCAAGGCUCAGCUGGAGGCACUGGAGCUCAAGAAGACCUAUGUCCUGAAUCCAUUGGCCCCGGAGUUCAUCCCCCGUGCCCUCAGGCCCCUGCAAGGGCACCACUCUUCUUCGCAGGCCCUCCAUCCCCACCAUCAUCCACAUCCUCAACAGGCACAACCCGCCUCCAACAAGCAGGGUCCGCAGCAGCAGCAGCAGCAACAGCAGCAGUCACCCCCUAAAGGGAAACAUGCGAGCCACACAGAGCAACUUCCACCUGAAGGAUAUGUCCAACCCAACCCUGCCAUGCUGAUGGGAAACCCUAUCCGGGCAUUCACACCACCCCUGGGUGGCACACCAGCUGGCAUGGGCAAGUCACCAAGUCCUGUUCAGAGGAUAGAUCCUCACACAGGUGCCAGUAUCCUCUACGUUCCAGCCGUGUAUGGUGGAAACAUGGUCAUGUCCAUGCCCCUGCCAUUGCCUUGGCCGAGUUACCAGAAUCGCUUUGCUGUGGACCCUCGCAUCAUGAGCCACCCUGCAGCCAUGGCCUACAACUUUAACCUGUUGCAGGCCCAGAAUCGAGGCUCCCCCAUCCCUUACAGUGGAGUGGCCCACCCCUCUCCUCUAGGAAUGGGCCAGCCCAGCCCUGAUAAGGAGUUACAGGCAGACCCCAUCAGAAAUGGGAAAUUAGAAGGAUGCCCUAAGUCAGAACAGAGCCGUCUUCAGACACCAGAGAGGAAAACCACAGACAUGAAGGAAAAACAGGGAGAUUUAGACACAGGCCAAAGUCGAAGUCUAGAGUCUCAGCCAGACGGGCUUGUUGGAUUUCCCAAUGCGCUGCUCCAUCGAAAAGAUCCCUCAGCUGCCCAGAGACCCCUCAACUACCACCUGGCACCACCCAACCCAGCUUUUCCUCCACAUCAUGCCAGUGGAAGAGCCUUCCCCCCACAGUAUCCGGUCUCCAGGCUUCCUUAUCGGGUCAGCCAGCCUCAACACCCAGGGAUGGCCCAACAGAGUCAACAGCAACAGCUCAGCCCUGCCUACACUGGUGGUAGCCACAAUGCUUCCUUCUUCAGUGGCCCCAUACCCCCUCACAGGGCUGUCCAGUCUCCAACUUUGGAUGGGCCAGAGUCUGGAGGGGUGGAGGAAAUGAGUAGCUCCAUUAGGACUCCAAUGGGCCACCCAGGGGCCCACCACCCUGGCCAGCAUAACCGGGUCAACAGCUUUGGGGAGGAUGGACAGGAUGGAAGCCUGGGAGACGGUCUGGACCUCCAGGGUCCCUUGGCCCUAGAGGCCCUGAGCCAACAGCAGCAGCAGGCAGCCAGGCUGGGCCAGUGGGGGGAGGCAGCAGGCCCUUUUCUCCAGAGCAGCGUCGCCUUCCCUCUGCCCCAACAGCUCGCCCACCUUGCUCAGCCCGGCAUGGCUCGCUUCCCCCAUCAGUUGCUCCGGGCAGCUAGUUGGGGCCUUAGUGCCAAUAUGGAGGACGAAGCUGUUCCUUCUGCCUCCACUGGGCCCCCUUUCACCAGGUACCCGGGCCUUUUGAGGGAGAUGCCCCCACAGGAACAGCCAGAACCCAGAGAAGCCGCUGAGAUGCAGCCCCCACCUCAAUCUCGUCUCCUUCAGUACCGACAGUCCCAGCCCCGUUCCUCAGGUGACCCUUCAUCCUCUUUAGCCCCCACCUCCAAUCAUGCUGGCCCUUUCCCAUCUGGACCUUACUCCCAUGACACUGGCCGCGAUCUCCUUAACGACAACCUUCUCAACAACCAAGCUCUGCAGCAGCAGCAGCAGCAGCACCCUGGAAACCCACUGUAUAAUGCUGGUAGCUACCCACAUCAGCCACCAGCCCACCCUGCCAGCCCCCCUCCCUCCCAGGUCAAAUACCUUCUGCAAGAGGCCCAGUGGUCUCAUGGUGGAGCUGCAUCAGUGAGCCCCCCACAGCAGAACCACCUGUUAGGGAACCAGGGCCACGGCCUUCCUUAUGGAUUGCCCAUCAUGGCUCACCCCAGCAGACAGGAGCAAGUCCACCUGAUGCAACUUCACCAUCAGCACCAGCAGCAGCAGCAACAGCAGCAGCAACAGCAGCAGCAGCAGCAACAACAGCAGACAACAACAACAACAGACAACACACAACAGCAACAGCAGCAGCAGCAGCAACAACAACAACAACAACAACAGCAGCAGCAGCAACACCAACAAAGUCAAGGUCCAGACCAGGAGUCCUACCACCCAUUGUCCCCCAGAACAUCAGCAGCCACAGCCCUUCACAAUGUAGAUGAGUAUGAACCCAGAGGUCCAGGCCGGCCUCUCUAUCAGCGCCGGAUCUCUUCCAGCUACCCUGAUGAGUCGUCUCCAGCCAACACCCACAAUGCCCUGUCCCAGCAGCCGCAGCCCUGUACGUCAGACCACCAGGACCACCCUCAUCCGCACAUACAGCAUCAUCAGCACCCACAUGCCCCCUACGGUUACCCCUCGCAUGACCUCUGGCCCAGUAAUGGUGGGGGUCCCGGUCCGUUCCAGAACAUUCCAUGUAACGGAGCCGGCACACUCGCUCAGCACCGGGACCUUCUAGCUUCCAAGGCCCUUCGUCAGACGGAAGAGCAGGUGAAGGCCGAGGCCACAGCAGCAGCACAGCAGACGCACCCACACUCCCUCAACUCCCUUCAGCACCUUGGACAGUUUCCUCCUCUCAUGCCCAAUAACAAGCAUCAGCAGCAACCUCCACCGCCACCGCCGCCGCAGGCUCCCCCAGAGGCCAGCCAGGGGGGUCCAAAUUUAAGCAAACCACCCACCAUGUCCUAUGCCAGCGCCCUCCGCGCUCCACCCAAACCCCGAGCUGUUCGCCCCGAACAGGUCAAAAAGAACAGCGACCCUCUCUCCCUCCUACAAGAGCUGAGUAUAGGAAGUUCAAAUGGUAGCAAUGGGUACUAUUCCUACUUUAAAUGAGUGUCACCUCUCCCACAUAAUAAAUAAGUGAUAAAAAUAUAAAACUAAACAAAAAAGGCAAAACUGUUUAUAAAAACACAAAAAAUAGUGCAAAGUGCAUUUACAAAUUGUUUCUAUCAGUAGAUUUGUUUUCUGGAUUUUGUUUCAUUUUAACUUUUUAUUUGUAACAGUCAUCUUUUCUCCUGUUUCACAUAUCUGUGAAGAAAAUAAGUAUAUAUAAUGAAUGCAUUACUGGUAUAUAUACAUACUCAUUAUGUAUAUAUGAAUAUAUACUUAUAUUAUCUACACUUGUAUAUGUACGUAAUGCUAAAAAAAGUUAUAAAAAAAAAAAUAAAAAAGGCAAGAUUUGGUUGACCACUUAGCUACCUGCAUAUUUUUCCUUAUUGAAGUUGGUUUUGUUGGUUACUAAAUAAGUAUGUUAAAGUUUUUAUCAUUUUGUAUUCCUCAGUUUUGAGUGGACGUUGCGUCUUGAUUUUCAUACUACUGUAGUUGUGGUAACGGACAAAAGCUAAGUGGUCAACUGACACAGAAACUACAUGGAAUAGUGUAUAGAAGUAGAUAAAUUUUCCUCUAAUCUGUACAUAUAAAGAAAAUAAAAGACUGAAUUGUAUGCCACAGACAUGUCCUUAAAUUCCUGUAUCAUGCUAGCAUUUGCAUUAUGAAUUAUUUUUUGUUCGUUGGCUUCUGAUCCUUAAUUCUUAGACAUCCUUACCCUGGGAAUCACCUUCAGUGAUUUAGUAGUGAAUGUGAUUAUUUACUGAAAAAUACAAAUAUUGAUUGCGCAUUUUAUUUCUCACCAAUGUCUCAUCAACAAUAGUUACAGUGUGAAAAUGUCAACAUAGCAACAGCCACGUCAUUCCUCCUUGGUUUGUUUUAAGGAUCAGAGAACACCAGACAUCGCUUUCUGUGAUAAGAUUAUCCCAAACUGCUUCGCUUGUGGCCGAUACUCAUUUUAUUUAGUUUCUUUUGUUUGUGUCAACAAAAUCUCCAUCAGAAAAAAAAAAUGUUUCAAUAACUGCUGGUGGACAUGAAAUGUUUUUGGUUUAGUUUUUUUUUGUGUGUUUUUUUUUUUGUCAUUAAUGGACAUUGAGCAUUUUUGAAAAGGUUGCAGUACUCUGAGGGUUUGUGAAAGUGAAAGAGUGGUGAGGUCAAUGUGGUCUGUCGUGAUAGGUAAGUUGAAACUGAGGGUGUGAUCAACACUGUCAUUCAGAUGUUUUUGAACAAGCUAAAUGUUAGCAUUUUUGGUUAAGUCUGAAGUAAUUGAAACAGUAGAUUUAUAGUAAAUACCCUGAAAUUUGAAAAUACACAUUAUUAUUAUUAAUAAUAAUAGAUAAUAAUUAUAAUUAUAAUAAUAGCUUGUGUCUUUGUAUUUCAUUGGAAAUGCCCUAGAUGUUGUGCGCUUUAGCAAACAGCAUACUGGGUAUUAUUUGGAUCGUUGAUGCUAUUAUAAUAUACUAUAAUAUACUGUUGGUCUCACAGACGUUUUGCCGUCAUAGUUUCUAAAUACCUUUUCAUAGCUUAAGACAGACUGCCCAAAGAACCUUUGCCAUUUUCUCUGUAAGACCAUUCUUUAAUGCCCGCGUUAUAUGAACCUCAUAAUAAACAGUAAUCACUUAUCUCUCUCGUAAGCUAUUUGCUCCCAGUUCCACCAAAAACGUUAGCCAUAGAAAGUCAAAAGCAUUUCUUUAUCCCUAAUGUUUUCUCAUUUCAGGACAUUUAAAUGAAACCAUCCCUCCACCACCUUUGAACACUCUGCUUGAGAUUUAACCAAAAACACAACAUCGUAACAAUACAAUAAGCUGUUCAAAAACGUGUUUGCUAAUGUAUGUGUUUGUAGGCUGUGCAUAACGAGAAUGAAUCGGUAAUGUUGUGGAAGUUGUUCCUGGUCAUUCAAAGAAUUGCGUUAUUCACUUUUUCAGUCUUAUCUGGCAUUUUGAUAUUAAGGCAGCAGAUGAACUUCCCUUUAAUUUAACUGAAAAGCUCUUUUUACAUGUGCCACGUCCAUCAUUACUUUUUUGUCUAAGAAAACUAAAACACACAAAGAAUACAACACAGCAUCAUUAAUGUUAAGUCAGCGAGUUGCUUGUUACAGGUUGACACACAAGGAGGCCACACAGCUACAUGCACAUGGAUUUCACUGCUAGUACACACGGAGCCCUGAUGAUGCCAGUCCCUCAUAGCUAAAAUAUAAAAAGAUGCUGGUAUACUAUAUCUGCCAUGGUUUUCCUUUUCCUAAAGCAAUACUGGAAAUAGUCAUCCAGUGAUUUGGUCCUGUUGUAUGUAAAAUCAUUUAUCGUUAAAACACCGCUGCCCCAUUUGCUUAAUUGGUGAAAUUGUAUUAAAUCAUCCUGUUGUUGUUUCACGGCUUUCAAACGGCAGUUAGUCACUUCCUCAGAAAGCUACCACCCCACUGCUAAUAACUUAGAUGUGUUUUGAACAGUCAGCGGAGAGCUUCAUAAAGGAAUGGUUUUAUUUUGAAGUUUUGACAUUUUAAUUCAAAGGUCCAGAUUUUUUGACUUGGCGGAGAACACCACAUACUUGUAAAUAUGCAUUUUCUAGGUAUUUACAAACAAGAACUUUGGGAGCGCCUCAAUUUUGUAGAAUCUGUUCAAAGAAGAGGUAUGCCCUUUUUAAUUAUGCAAAUUCACAAAAAAUAAUGAUAAUUCUAGAAAUGGACAACGACAAACCAGUUGGUAGUUGCAACACCUUGUAACUUUUUAGAUAUUUUUUUUUAAGAUGGUGUCUGGCUGAUUUGACAAAGAGGAGAAUUUCAGUUGCAGCUGUUAUAAGACAACUUAUCCCGCUGUACGAUACAUAUUUUUAAGUAUAUGUUGCUGGAUUUGUCCUGUUCUGUUUUCUCACCACUUCACAGCUGUACAACAAUCAACAUUUUUUGUUUUUUCAAUGUGAAGACUUUCUUUUUGUGCAUGUUGAGAUGACCUGGCUGGUUUUUAUCCCUGAUUUUAUCAGUUUGUAUUGAUUUGUGAAUGAAAAAAAAGAAAAAGAGAAAAAAAAAGCUUUUGUUCAACCUACAGAGUCAAAUUUUGGUAUAUUAUUUGAUGUGUACAAUAACUUGUGACAUUAUCAGCAAAACUAUUAUAAUAUUUUACUAACAUGUCAAUCAAAUAUGUAAUGCUCAUGUAAGUUUCUUUCUUUUUUUUUCUUUUUUUUUCUGCAGUUACUUAGCGGGGCUUAGCUGAGGUUGCUCCCUGCUGUGUGUCGUAUUUCCGAAGCUUUGGACGCGUUAGUUUGGGGAAUCAUUUUUCUCACAAAGCGGUCGUUGGCUAAUCUCUGAAGUUGUGCAAUACUAAUAUUUCACCGCUUCUUCAACUACACUUUUAUUUAUUUUUGAAGCAGAAGAGAUUGAGCCAAAGACAUUCUAUUUACAACUGUCCGUCAUUGCUGAUUUGUUUUUAAGGCUUCAAUUUGUUUUUCCCCCAUCAAGAAUCUUUAUUUCAAAAUCAGUUUGACAGGAUCUUUGCUGUGAUACAAGGGUCUUUACUCUUGUUAUGAACUCGGAUUUUAAAUGUUUUCACUACCCAAUGUUUCACCGUAUAUCAUCCUAUGAAUUCUUUUUUCUUGAAAUCAUUCUGUGUUGCCUUUUAAAGAAAACAAAGCAAAACCAACUUGUGUGUGUAUUGUGGCACAUGGAAAGGGAGCAACCUUUUGCCCAGCCAGUAGAGAGCACUGUGUUCAGCCUUCUAUAAACGCCACAUCUCUUCUUGUUAUCUGUUUGCUCUCCUCUGUUCUUCCCUCGCUGCAGUGAAUCAAUGGCACACCUGUUCUCCCAGCCUCCCAGUCCCAUUGGUUCCUCCCUCGUGGGUACAAAAUAAUGAAUAGAUCUGUUUUACUCUUCUUCAUUUCAAUUGGUGGUGGUUAUAAUAAAGGAUUUAGACUGUGUUUCAAAGGUUUAUUUUCUUUUUUUUUAUUUGUUUCUCUAUUAAAGUGUUUUUAUUGAAA